AUGCCAAAGUUUUAUGACACGGGUCAGCGCGCCGCGAAGCUCUUGCUUCUUCUGGCGCCGCUGUUGACUCCCCCGGUCGACGCCAUCAUCCUCGCAGGUGCUCCUGACUCUUAUGCUAGGUAAUCAACACAAUUUUGAUCAAAAAACAUUUCUAACCAAAAAACUCAAAUAGGGUCAAAAUAUUCUUUUUUUUCCGGUUUCGUAAAUGAUAAAAAGGUUAUAUAAGGGAGAUCUAGAUAAACGUUCUUCCAAAGUUCAAAGCUGUACCAAAAACAUUUUUACGAAAUUUUAUUGUUUGAAAAAAGCCUUUUGAGUGGGAAAAACCUUUUUAAAAAUGGUUUGUUGGUAUUUUUUUAUAAUACUUAUUAGUAUGCAUACUCACUUUUAAAACCGGUUUCGAGCACAUUUGUGCGAGUUUAAAAAAAAAACUGUUUAUUGCAUCUUCAAUGUAAGAAUACAUGUGCAAUCGACUUUCAUUGAUUUAACUGUGUUUAAACGACGGCAGGAGCUGUGGCUUAGGCAGAGAAGUUGUGAAUUUCGCUCGUAGAACAUCAGGUACAAGAGAGGUCGUAGGAAGAAGUACGGUGCCGGCUUUCCAAAGGCCGAUGGCAGAGAUUGAGCCUUUUCGCUGCAUACAGCUUCCAAUUUUAUCUACCCCGGAGGGAUGAAAGGCUUGGUCGACCUCAGGGGGACUCGAACCUACGACCUUGCGGACGUUAGUAAUGAGUUAUGCCAGCUGAGCUAUGCCGCCCCCAUUUUUUACGCCGCCGAGUUUUUAAAGAGCCAUAUUUAAAUUGAAAAAUGGAUAUAGUUGAGUUUUAUGAGUCGAAUUUUAUGUUAAACUAAGCAUCAUGAUGAGAGGAAACGCGUGAAAAUGAAUUAAAGCCGAAAUUAUUAGCUUAAAUGGACGAAAAAGGCAAAAAAUGAGCGGGGACACCUAGCGCGUGCCCGCCCGAAGCGCAGCGCGCGCGAUACCAGUGCCUGAGUGUUUUCCAGAUUUUCUUUUAAUAAAAAAACCAGAAAAGAACAAUAAAUUUGUCAUUAAAUUGUCCUCUUAUGGUAGUCGCAUAGCCUAUUCGGCAUAGAAAAAAUGGGGCUUCACAUAUCGUGAUAUAGUCUGUUCAGAUUCUGAUUGUCAAGUAGAAUGACGUCAUUCGAAAACGCUCUGUGGAUGGCUCGCUCUCUGAUUGGUUUAUCGCGCCAUUAGGGGGCGGAGCUUCAGCGAAGACUUGAAAUUUGAAAUGUGAACAUACUAUAUAUCGUUUAAGGGGCCUUUUGUUCUAACGGUUCCCGGAAUUCAAUUUUUCAGUUCUUUUAAAAAUAAUAACGCGUCGAUUUUGAAAUCGUUGAUAUUAUUUUUUAUAAAAUAUAACGGCAUAGGGAAAAAAAGACUUGUUUGAAGGUAUCCGAAGUGGGCCCACUCUUUUGAGAAUUCGCUGUCCUUGGAGCUGAAAACCCGACAAUCCGACGGUCUUCUUCUAUACACCGACGAUGGAAACGUCAACGGGAAUUUCUAUGCGCUCACAGUUUUCGAGGGGAAAAUCCAGCUGGAAUUCAGGUGAAUAAAUUAGCUUUUUUUUCUUAUUAUCUACCGACCCUCUAUUUUUAAUCUCUCUUUCCCUUUUUUUUGUUGAAUAUCUUUUGACUGUGUCAUUGACUUUUUCAAAGUUUCCCGGUCCGUCCUCAUUGGAACUUUACAUGUACAUAUGAGAAUGGAUACGAAUUACUUGUUUUUAAAAAAAAAUUUAGACUCGGCGACAAUUCUAAUGACUUUGGACCGCGAAGACCUGUCAAUACGAUACGAAUAGACGAGGUUUUUUCAUACUAUUUUUUGUUGAUUUGUUUUUAGUAGUAUACCGAGUGAAAUUUCUCUCCAAAUUUCAUUUUUGUUUAAUUUUAUAUGCUUACAGUAUCCUAGAAAGGAAACAAUAAUAAAUGGCUGAAUGGUAUUCAUAAAUUACCGUUUCACACUCCGUUUUUUCAAUAUAUAGAGAAUAUGAUGUUAAGUGAGUACCCAAAUAAUUGUGGGUGGAAUUUUGAUUAAAAUAGUUGUUUCAUCGGUUUUGGCUAAUUUUCCAUUUCUCGAUUUCUACUUUUUUUUUCUCUUCGUUCUGAAAGUAGGGAGGUGAAUCAGUUUUUUUCUCAGGUGCGCGUCGAUGACGACAAGUGGCACACUCUCAAUAUAUUCCAGGUUAUUUUCUUUGCUGACGGGAAAUGUUUCCGCCUUUUUGUGCCUCAUAAAACGCUGCUCAAAUCUGAUGGAUUGCAGUCGUGGGAAAACGUGAAGCUCGAGCUCGACUACACACUCGUCUUCAAGAUCCUCAACCAGAGGAGCUUCGUCUUCGGAAAUAUCCUCAAGAAUUCGGACGUUUUCGUUGGCGGAGUCCCUCCGGUGAGUCAGAAAAGGACACAACUCUCGUGGGAGACAUCACUCGUUUGCCACAAUUUCACAGAUUAUAGUUUUUGCCACUUUUCUGAUAUGCAUUUGACUUCUUGUCCGCCUAGAUUAGCGUGAGAAAUGUUUUGUAAGUUUUUCUGCAUUUACUUUUCCAAAAUUUUUAAAUUUUUUGUUCAUAAACUUAGUGAAAGAGGAAAAGAGCUACAGGAUGUGCACGUGCUGCCAACAAUGAGUUCGCCUCUGCGAAGGUAUACGCGACACCUGGCCGUCAACGUCCGGAACCUCGUCUAUCGGCAGUAUCCUCAAGGGGUCACUUCGCCACAGCUCCUCGACGCUCACGGAGCUCGGCACAAUGAGGACGAUCAGUGCAGAGCCACUGGGGUCCGUUUUCAGGAAAUAAUGGGAAUAUUGAACCAAUUUUCAAGAAAUCGAUUGCCAGGUUGCUGAUGUGCUCGUUUUUCAGGUGCUGUCUCGUGAGAAGUUCUUUUGCCAAAACGGAGGCGUCUGCUACAGCACGAACGAAGGUCCGAAGUGCGAUUGCUCACUGAGCGAGUUCGAAGGGAAGAUGUGCGACUUCAGUGAGUUGCUCCAACAGAAACACCAGAGAAGUCGGCUUUCUGAAGGCAGAACCGACGCGGAGCUGACGUUUUCUGGCGACGAAUGGGUCGGCUACGACCUGUCGCAGAACGUUUCUGGCGCCGUGAAGGCCAAGAGGGAAAAUCUGACACUAGCCUUCAAGACGGUUCAUGGCACGGCCAUGCUUUUCUUUUCAGGGGACGAGAAGGUUGAGCAAGAAGGUUUUUACCGCUUGAAAUCGUUUCUUUCAGAGCUACCUGCACCUGAUGAUCAAGGACGGCGCACUCAUGGCGACGUCCAAGUUUGAGGGAACAGACGCGCGCAUGAUCCGAAUGUUCAACUCGUUUCCCUCCGAACGCUACGACGACGACACCUGGCACGACGUCGUCCUUGAUAGAUCUCUUCAAAUGGUAUUAGUUGUCUGAGGAAGCGUCGCCGUAGUUUUUAUAGCCACAACUGAAUUUGUUUUUGUCACCUCUUCGGUUUCAGAUAGAGUGGGUCUGAAGGCUCCAUGGAAUAAAAGUAAAAGCGGUUUUUCUCAAAUGACUUCAUUUCUUUUCAUGGAUCACACCAAGAUUAACUUUUAGCACUCGGAGAAGAUGUCUGCGGUACAUGUAAGUGUGCGAUUUGCUGCUAAUUUCCUCUACUAACUUGCUUUGAAAAUGAAAAACAACAGAAAAGUAUGAACAAUGGUUCUAUAACUGAUUUCGGUUUUCAUUUUAAUGUUUGCCGUUUCAAUAUUUUGUUGUUGUCAAUCACUGGACCACCCCUCAGGUUUUCAGCUUAUUUUUUCGUUCGGUUGACUCUUUUUUUGGGUUUUCUUUGGCCUCUACAGCGCUUCUUUUCUUUUAGAUCUUCAACUUAGAAAUGCGCAUUAUUUGCAUGUUUCCAGCUUUCCGGGUGUGCAAAAAAAAGCCUGUUAACGGCGACUUUUAUCAACUUUUCCAUUACAUUCAGUUCAACCUUUAUCCAUGUAGUUACACAACAUUUCUGAAGACUGUUCUAGAGUAGUCCUUCCAGAUGACGUUGACGGUCGACGGCCGGAAAGACGAAAUCCGACAGUACGCGCCAGAACUCGACUGGAUUGCCAACUCUUUCGCUUUUCUUGGCUCUUUGCCCAAGGAAAAUGGACAGCGCGAAGUCAGCCGCGUUCCUUUUCGAGGGUGCAUGAAAAAAGUAAGCUCACCUACGAAUAAAAAAUAUUUGUUUUGACUGAUGUUAGUUGAAAUAUUCGAACUCUAGAUUUAUAUAAAAAGAAUAUCUAUAGCAUGUUAUUGAUAAAAAAAUUACGCUCUUUCUGUCUAAUUUCUUAAAAAUUUUUUUAGUGAAAAAUUUCCGUUCAAGCAGUUGAUUGGAAAGACGAGUGUUAUGUCUUGUUUUUGCUUCCAUCGGAGUCCAAGAAGUGGCUCGAGAAUGUUCCAGGUGAAGUACGACGUUGAUGCGACGCGGAUACUCUUUGUCAGUUUAGCCGACCAGGGCUACGGCGGCAGCGUCAUUCGAACAGGUACUGUGAUCUUUGCACAGUAAAAGAAGAUAUCUAUUUCAGGAGGAGAGCUGUCCUACUCGUGUAAAGACCCAACGCAGCCAGCUGACGUCCUCUCUAUGAUCUCCGGCCGCGGAUUCAUCUCGCUGCCUAAGUGGGACAGUCUGUCGAGCGGAAGUCUGUGUGAGUCUAAGGCCAGACUCCGCUUGCACAAUCUUUCCUUCAGCGUUUCACUUCCGCUCGUCCAACACUGAAGGGCUGAUCUUGUACCACGGCGUGAUGCAUAACAACGCGAGCGACUUCAUCGCCUUCGAACUGGUCGACGGCCAUCUCUUCUUCGUAAUCAACCUCGGUUCGGGCGUCGUAAGACUCCAGACGACGGCGAAAAAGGUCUCCGACGCUCAAUGGCAUCACGUGCAUCUGGAGCGGGUCGGCAGGACGGGCAAGGUUAUCGUCGACGCCAUGAAGAUCGACUUCAGCACUCCAGGAGUCUCUUCCAAUCUCAUAAUCGGUAGAUUCCUUUUGCGAUUCUCGCCGAAAAUUAACAAAAAAUGUGUAUGUCGUUAGAAGCUGGAAAAAUGAAUGUCGGAAUAAAAAAGCAACUGGAAAAAGACUAUAAGUUUAUUUCAGUUCAAAUUUUCUGGUCUUGAAGAUAUAUAAAAAUAGAGAUAUGCCAAAUUGCUUCAAGUUUCUUAGUAGAGUUUGUCAGGACGGAACAGAUCAUAAAAAUUUUCCCAUAUCAAAAAUUCUUUUUCUCAUAAAAUUUCUCACACGGAUAAUAUAAAAUUCAUACUGACAGAAAAUCUUUCAAAACUGGUUCGAUUUCAACAAUUGGUAAACAUAUAUAAAUGUAAAGAUGAAAAAAAAAAUGGUAGAAGAAAAGUUUUUGCAAGAGAAAGUUAGCAAAAAACUUUUUUUUUUCUUAUUAGGGUGGCAGGAAAGAAAUGCGUGUUUUUGAUGUCAUUUAAUUUAUCAAAAAAACAAGGUUAUCACAAAUCAAUUCGAACUGUAAUUUCUAUCUGUAUUAGCACCUUGUCAACAAUGCUCACGCAGAGAAUGGAUACUCUCUCUGACAAACUGGGCCGCCUACGAGUCAAAGAAGUUGCACCCCCAAAUUUGGACUUUAUCGGAGUUUUUCAAUUUUUUUUUUGGCUGUUUAGCGAUCCAAUGAUUCGGACUGAUGAUAAAUGCGAAGAGCCAUGUCUGAGCAUUGUAGCGGAAAAAGCAGAAGUUUGCAGAACAAUUUUUUUCUGAUUUUGGGCUAACACAUUUUUCGCAAAAAAAGCGAAAAAAAGCGAUAUUGUGAACCCAUUUUUUUCAUUUCUCCUUUUUUUGCACUCCAUUGCGUAAUAAAACUGUUUUUCUCUUGCAGCUAUGGGUGUGUAUUAACUGAUGAGCCAGUUUCACAGGCGUCUGUUGUGGAUCCAGUCUAAUGGCCUUUUAAAAUCGCCUUUAUCGUCGAUUUUUUCGUGUUUUUUGAUUUCAAAGGUCUUUUCGCCUAGUGAAUAGCGCUAAAGCAAUUCAAAAUGUUAACUAUCAGAAAAAGUAUCAAUGGUGAUCAUAAUAUUGAAAGGUGCCAAGCUUCUGAAUUUGAUUUGUACUUUUUGAAAUAACGCGAAAACUAGGUCCGCGAAUAUAGUUUUUGAAAGAAAGUUUUCAGAGCUAUUUUUCUUAUAGAAAGGCGGAAUGAAAGUCAGCAAACUAUAUAUCCAAUGACGCACAAGGACAAGCCCUUUUCGACAAAAAAUACCGUUCUAAAUAAUAUUGCUUCUUGGAUGAAUUAGAAGCCGACAAAAACGAGCCGCAUUUCUUUCAUGCCACCCUAAUAUUAACCGUUGCAUAAAAUUAAGAUGACCCUGUCUACCUGGGCUACGUUCCAAACGCGAAUUUCUCUUAUCCUCCGCCGGUUUGGACGAUAGCGUUGAAGCAGGGCUUUGUCGGGUGCAUCAAAAACGUGCGAUUCAACGGGAUUUCGGCCAAAAUCGCCGAUGUCUACGAACAAUCCAAUGUCACUGGCACGUUUAUCGAGUGACUUAAAAGAUUGAGAAGGAGUUUGAAGGUGUCUCCUUGGGCUGUCCGCAUUCCAACGUGGCGGAUCCUUGCGAGCCGAAUCCGUGCGAGAACUUCGGGAAGUGUGAGCAGAUCCUCAACUCGUUCCGCUGCGACUGCACAGCCACCAACAUGGACGGACUCACCUGCAACGUCGGUCUGUCGUCUUGGACAGGAUAUUGACCUUUGCAAGUCUCAGUUCCUGUUUCCGUGUCGAUGAAUGGAGACGCCGACAAUCUCCACUUCUUCCCGGCUACAUUGGUUUCCGAAGUCGAGCAUCUGCACAUCCGUUUCAAGGUAAUUCUUUAUCCUUUUCUCAUGACAAAAUUUCAAAACAUAGAGGUAAAAACGGGAAAUUUCCUCGAACACUAAGAUUCCAUUUUUUUGUAAAAAUAAUUAAGAAGUUUUUUUUCUUCUUUGAAAUAAGGUUUCAAAGCGGUCCCCUGAAAGAAGUGCUAUAUCAGCAAGUUAUCGCAAGGGUUCUCCUAAUUAGUGAUACCGGAAACGUGGCCUUUUUCCCAGACGGAAUCAUCGCGAGGAGUCCUUUUCGAUACGUCGGCCAAGGCAAAGGCGGACAGGUUCACGGUGUUCCUGAACGAAAGCCAGCUCAAUCUCUUCAUCCAAGGCCCCAACUCCAACAACGUUUGUGUUCAACCUUCGAACAUAUAUUUCUAAAAAAAUAUCUAAGAAAAGUUCAACUUCAAAAAUUUUCUGAAUCGAAAUGUUUACUAUCAUUAGCUGAAUGCAAUGGAUGAAGAUUCUAAGAUAAGAUUUUUAUCGCCAAAAAGGACAGCUUACGCAGGUAACAUCAACCAGGCUAGACUUCUAAAGAAUUGAACAAGUUUAUGCAUUUUUUUGUUAAUUCAAUCAUUUUUUUUCUGAAGUUACCGUUUCACGAUCAUAUACAUAAAAACGCGAGUUCUUAUUGGAACUUAAAAACUAUCUUUCGUUAUUUGCCUUAUCCCAAUUUUAUGAAUUCGGAGAGAGAAAUAAAUCCUUAGAAAACAGUUUACGAAAGUCUCGCAUUCAAGCUACUCUCAGGCUUUCCAGAGCUUCUCGUGGGGGAAAUCCUUGUCGGACAACCACUGGCACUACCUUCAAGUGCGACGCUUGGGCCAACGGAUAAUGCUUUUUCUUGACGGCUUUUGGGGCCACAGCGGUUUGCAAGGAAGAUUCCCUUCAAAAUUUUCUGCUCUUUCCAGUUUUCCUCCAACAUCAAAUAGUCAUCGCAAUCGACGAAUUGGGCUCUGGAAUAUCGCUCCAUUCGACGACGUCGCCUCCCAGAAAUCUCAACUUCGCUGGCCAAAUGUCCAAAAUGGUGUUUAUUGUUUCGCUCAUGAAUUUUUUGCAACUGCUCAGGUUUUCAAUGGGAUCGACCUUCUGGAGGUGCAGAAGAAAGCGGCUACGCCGAUAAAUCGUGAGAGCAAAGCUCAAAGAAACUUGUAAAUGUUUUCCGCUUGAUUCACGCGCUCAAAAUUUUUUACAGAAAGUCGAAAAACGGUUCUGUGUCCUUCACAAACACGACGGGUUAUUUAGUUUUUUCUUCACAGAAGGUUUUUGAAAUUUCAUUGUUAAUAUUUGUCGAGUAGCUCGAUUUCGGGAAGAAUGUUUUAGAAAAAAAUUUCAUUCAUUGAUCUUUUAUUUUUAUCAAAUAGAAUUUUCACUUCGAUUUCUUCUUGCAACUUUUUGUAUUCAAUAUUCCAGGAGCCGAAUGAAAAUUUGAUUUCUUACUUUUUUAUUUACCGAAUCAAAAACUCGAAGAAACUUUUGUAUUACGUUUUCAGAUAUCUUCGUUUACGGGACAGUUUCGGGUUCAAUUCAAGUUCCAAACUCUGGUCAGAAGUGCACUUCUUUUUGUUUCUAUUCCUUCAGAAGAAAACGAACAGAGCUUUCAAAUAGAGUUACACAACAGCAGGUAAAGUUAUAUUAGCGGCAAGUUUCGUAUUUUUUUUUUCAGGGUUAAGUACACAUAUCUUGUCGGAGGAAAUGAAUAUUUUGCAACGUCCCCGAAACUUCCGAACAGACAGCACCUGAGUGACAUGAGAUGGCACAGCGUUACUCUCUAUCAAGUGAGAAGUUAUUCGAAAACAAAAUAGCAAUAUCAUCUUAUUUGGCGAUUUCAGCUCUCUUUUUACUAACCUAACUCACACUUUGAUAGUUUUUCACGCAAUCGCCAAACUUCUCGAGAAUAUGAUAACUUUUACUAAAUUUGAGAUAGAUUCUUGUACUUAUCUUUUUGUGCUAGAAAAACAUUUUUUUUUGUUUUUGCCAGUUUCACCUUCGAACAACUCUCUACCCCUUUUAAGUGCUAAUUCCGUCCUCAAAGUGUUUUUACGAAGUUCAAAAAGUGAAAAAGAUAACUAAAUUUCGAAGAGUCAGAGAUAAUUUCAAAUUUUUCCGUGAAUACUUUGAACAUGGCAUAACCACCUUCUGAUCACAGACCAACGAUUGACCGUAUUCUAUUCAUUAAUCCUUCUGCUCCGAUUAAUGAUAAUAAUUUAUUUUGUUCAUAUAAUUUAUUCGUUUUUUAGUCUCUAGUACAUUCAGCAAAUGCUCGCACUUCGGAGCCCAGUUUCUGUAGUACGAAGAGGCUUUGGACGUUGAGCUCCUUCUCUCGAGUGAGAAAAAAAAUUUCGAAAACUUUUCCUUACUGCACUUACUUUCAAUCCAAGUUUUCAUUUUUUGCGAACCCACAGUUAGAAAAAAAGUUGAAGGAGAAAGACGGCGACCACACGCUCGUCGUCGACGACACUAUCACGGCUCUCAGCGCACAGGCCACCAAGACGGUCAAGGCGCGGCUGACUGGCGUCGUCGCUCUCGGCAAGUCUCCGCAGUCCUUCGUUUCUGAAAGACCAUUUCAGGAGGCACGCCUUCCACGACUAGAAAAGUCCGUUCUUUGGGGUUUCGCGGGUGCCUUGCCUAUCUGCGAAUCAACGAGAAAAUCGUCGACCUCUUAGGAGAAGCUGACUCUCAACAAGAUGUCAAAAAAGGCUGUCAAGGUGAUCUUUUAUUUCUCUCUUUUUUGAAGGUUCGUUGAGUACUCUGAAAAUUCAACCCCUCCUGACAUCCUUGCAAAAAAUUUUGAAUAUACAUUUUUCGUUCAUUAAAAGAAGUUUUUCUGUGAGAAAUAAAAUGAGAACAACUACUUUUAGGUUACUACAUAGAAUAGAACUUCAUAGAAUUUUUUCAAGAGUUGUUAUGAGUCAAAUCUCGUUAAACUCGGAUGAUCAUUUGUAUAAUCAAUGUUUUGUGCAGGCCCAGUGGCUCGAUGCUCGACAGCGGCGUGUGCCAACGGAGGACGCUGCAUCCAACAAUGGACUUCUCUCCGCUGCGAAUGCAGUCUCACCGCUCACUCGGGAGACCGUUGUCAACAUCGUCAGUUCGGCUCCGAGUCCAGAUCAAAUUCGUUCUGGUUGCAGCUGGAACGACCGUCCGUUUCGAUGGCGAGCCGGCGGCCGUCUAUUAUCAGUUUGGGCCGACUGAAAUGCCGACAACCAGCAAGGAUUACCUCGUUUUUGCCUUCAGGACGACGCAAUCAAGCGGAGUGUUGUUCGCUCUCGAAUGCGCGGCAGACAAAGACUUUUUCACUAUUUUCUUGGUUUUCCCUUUUCUCUUAAUAACCAUUGAUAUUUCCUUUCAGUCUAAAGGAUUUUUGCAUGUUCGUUUCAAUCUUGGCAGUCGAGACCAUCAAUUUGGGUUUGCCGUUUUUUAUCCUACAAGGUCUAAAUUAGUGAAUUAAGGUAUUUUACCAACAAGUUGAACGAUGGCGAUUCACACGUCGUUAAGAUGUAUAGGGCUGAAGCUAAUGUCACCGUUCAAGUCGACAGAAUGCCAUCGUUGCGGUACCGACCGAAGAGUUUGCUGAAACCCGUGCGCUAACGUUCUGAAAAAUAAACUUCAGGCGGAGAGGAUUUGGUGUUGCUGAACAUGCAAUCGAAACUUGUCGUCGGCGCUUCUUUCAACACGCGGCAUUUAGACGUCGGAAUGUGUGUUUUUGCUUUCCCCGUCAGUAACGCAUCGACCGGCGUGAUGAGUUACAGAAAGAAAAGACUGCGGAAACGUCGUCGAAAAUCGCUCAUGUUGUACGACUCCUACCAGGGAGAAAUAUCGGGCGUCAAUUUCAAUGGGAUCCUGAUGCUCGACUUGUACGAACAUGGUGAGCCAUUCUAGAAUACGUCUUCUGAAAGUUGGGAAGCUCUUUCGCAAGGCUCAUUGUUUCCCAAUCUUCGAAGUGUUUUACAAAACUGCAGCGUUUCUGAGCGCUUCUGAGCUUCCCCGGAAACUUUUCAAAGUCCUAAAAGUCUCUGCGGAGAUUAAAACAUCAACUAAUGGAUGUCCGAGGCAUAAUUGGUGGCUCUGAAUAUUUGCCACGUGUUCCUGCCAGAGGCUCCGGUUGCAAAUUAUGAAAGCGCUCGUUUAAUUUUCUCGUCACAGUCCGAUGUCAGAAAUUUCCAAUCCGUUUGUUUUUCAAUAUUUUCCAGCGCGCUUCAACUUUACUGUACUAUUUUUAGAUAUGAACACGUGGAAAAAACAGCUUGCUUAUAUUGUUUGUACGGCUCGCUUGCGUUAUUUUGCGAGAAUAAGUGGAACUGAAUCCAGGGAAUAGUUGAUUUUGCCAAUUUAUUUCGGCUUUGUCCGGAUGUAUCGAGCGUUUUCGUAGCUUCUUUCUCUUUUGAAAUCGCAUCUAUUCAUCGGCCGUAGACGCUUGGUUAUUUUUCUUUCGUUUGGAAUUCGGACCGAGUACGCAGUCCGCCGAGCAAACUUCCGAUGCUCUUCUUUUCUCUGCUUUUGUGUCCAAGUGCGUCGAAUUCCAAACCGAAGCUUGGCAACGUCGCCUCGGUCUCGUCAAGUUGUCCACUCUAUUACUUGCCGCUUUGUUUCCUUGCGAUUUUCAACUUGCAGGUUGCCGUUUCAAGUUGGACUCGUUGAAGGGAACUCUAUACGUAGAAAAAAAACCUCACGUAUCUUCUCUUGCACCAUGAAAGUCUUUAAAAAUAUUUUCAACCUAUAGAGAAGAUGAAUUACGCUCCGAUUGUGAGAUUUGUGCAUUAGCCGAUGAUUUUGAACUGGCGGGUAGGUUGAGUGCACGCGAGGAUGAUGGCGGAGCAGAAGAAGCUGGGAAUGGAGAAGAAAUUGAAUUUGUAUGGAUGGCUGAGGGCUCUUGGGUCGAGCACCUCCAUUACCAUCCGUCCGCUCGCCGUGUUCAGCCUGUUAAACUUUUCUUCUUCUCCAUUUUAAAACACGUUUCAAAAGAUACAUGAAGUUCUGGUGGAGAAGGAUGAGUUUUUUUCGAGAUUAUCGUAAACAUUUCUUAUUUCAUCUUCGUUCAGGUUUCUCAUCCUCAACAUUCUUUUUUUAUUUUUUUUAUUUCUACAUUUCUCAUUGAGGUAUCAAGUAUUUUUUUCAAAUAUUUUUCCAGCCGAACCGCACAAUGGAGUGAGUUUUAGUGCAUCGCCGCCUGAAGUGCUUUAAUCCAGGCGGUCCAUCUUUCUAUUCUUUCAUGACGUAUUGCUCCUUCGUUCGCCGUUCUUCGUCGUCUCGGGAUUAUUUUUUGCCAUGCUCGUUGUUAUUCCGAUUCGCAUCACUGCAAUAUUUUAUAUAUUUUUUCAUCUUCUGCUUGUCAGUCGGACAAUUUUUUCAGUAGUUUUAUAUACAAAUUUAAUUCACCGAUAGGUUGGUUUUGAAAAAAAAGUUAAAUUUUCAUGCUUCAUAAAUAGCUAAUCUGACACGUGUACGUUUUCUAGUAAUUCAAGUCAUCUGUAAGGGAACCACACGAAUUUUGUUUUUGCGCUGCAGAAAAAAAGAGGGUGUUUUUACUACGGAUGAAAAAUCCACUGCAAAUAUCUCCGCCUCAUGAAGACUUCCUUUCUGAAUCGUAGAACUUGAAAAGCUGAGGAUUGCUGGCUUUGAGCCGAAACCCCGACCCAAAAGGACGACGAAGAAGUUGAAUUAUUCACGAGAAUCGCUUUUCAACAGAUUCCGCAAACCACGCCCGUGAAUGUUUAAUUCAACCUUCUUCCUGCUUCGAUACGUCCAUCGAUUCCCACGCUCUCGACCUACGAGAUGAGCACUUUGCUCAUAAUUUUAUAUUGAGAUUUCCUUCCAGGAGGGAAAUCUUACCCUAUUUAUUUGAUGUCCAAACACAGUGAUUGUGUUUCUUGAAAUAGAAUUUUGACGAAUACUAUUUAGAGAUCGAAAUGCUCAGAAGUUGGCGGAUUUUCUCUCUUCAUCACCGUUGGUAUAAACAAUAAAAAACCUUCCUAUUUUAGAUCCUUGAAUUUUUCGCUUUUUUAUUGGAGUUUUUGAAAGGAAAUUAAAAAAUAGCGUAUAAAAAACUCACUUAAAAGUCGAACUGUAGGAUAGUCUACCUCUUUAUUCAAGUUCAUUGUUAUUUAGCUUCCCUCGAUUAAUCGAUCUUUGCAUUUGCCCUUGGAUGCAACUGACUAUUUGAGAUAUCGUCCUAAAAACACAGACGACUUUCACUAAUUUCUGAUAUUGUUAGAAAAUGAGUUUUCAAAAAAUUAGGCGAACUUUGGUGAUUUGAACCUUUUCUCAUUGCAAAUCUUUUUGAUUUUCGUGUUUACAACUUUUUGUGUUGUUCGAAAAAGACUCUUUUUUUUCUGAGAACAGUGCGCUUUUUGAUUUUUUCUCACAAUUUAGAAACAUUUUGUAUGUGAAAAGAGUAAAAAUUUUGGGAUUCAUGAGAAAAAAAGAACCUUUUCACAACCACUCCAUCGUUUCUCACGAACUAUUAGGUUGUAGCGGUCAGCUAAAAGCAAACUAAAACGGGCCGUCCAACGAUUUUUGGGCCGGAAAGAGCGUUUGGCCGCGGGGCUUUAUCCUGCCAAGCGAGCAUUUGCGCACAACUUGGACUCACGAGGCUCACGGCUUCAGCUCACCGACUCGCCUACAUCGAUUUCACCUUUUUAUCUCUUGACCUGCGCCCUUUACUUUCGUUCUUCUACUCACAACGGGAGAGUCCAAUGAGAGGCUACAAUCGGCUGAUGUCACCGACUGCAAAAAGAAGACCAAAUGAUUCUGCGGAUACAUUGCAAAAUCUCAUGCAUUUUCGAGCCUCUUCAUAUAUCUUCUCUUCAUGUAUUUUUUAGAUGUGCCUGGGAGCUGCAUAGUUUUUUAAUGAUUGAAUUUUUCAUAAGCUAAGUUACGGUUCAUAUUUUUUUAAAAUAUCAUCCAAAAAAUAUUUAUAUGGUUUUAAAGAAAAUUAAAAAUGAACGGUCGUUUUGGAAAUUUAACAUUGAGAUAGUUUUAAGAAAAAUUUAAUUUUUUUUUAACUUUUGAAAGAGUUAUUCUGUUCAACUAUUAGGUUUUCAGUAUAUUUCCAGAUUAUCUCCAAAAAAAUGCGUUCCACAAUAAAAGUCACAUAUUCGAAAUUAUUCGGUUUCGAAUUCGCUCUCAUUCUUUCUAAAAAAAAAUGUUCUCAUCAGUUCCGAACGGAGACCAAUCACAACUUUGACUCAGUUGUCUUUUAAUAUUGUUAGGACUGUCUAAAGAGGAAUUAAACUUUUUUUAUAGGCUUUUUACAAUGAAAAAUCUCAAUUUUUGAGCUUCAAAUACCUGUUAAUCAUUUGCGAUAUCUUUUUAAAAUAAAAAUAAAACCCUUGUCAUCAUUUGAGUCCGAAAAUGAGCGAGAGGGUCUACGGCAGCAAUUUGAAACGCGAUAUGUAGAAAAGGACGUUUCGGGAAAUAUUAUGCACAAUGUGCCACCGGCCGCGCAGCUUCUCAUCACCAAACUCGUAAAAAAAAUCCAAUCCAUCCACUCCUCGACUCAUUUCCGAUGCUUCUUCGGAUGAGAAGUCGUACUAGAAGCUGGAAAACACCUGGGAAGUCUGGUCUCCGGGAAAGAGAUUUGUGUCGCUAUCAAAAAGCCUCUCGCAAGGUACAAAACAGCUGACUAUUUCUAUUUCUGGAAGUAUACAAAAUCGUUGCUUUUUCGAGAUUUCAAUCUCUUUCUUGAAUUGUUUGGCAGAACUAAAAAGGAGAUAUAUUCGAUAGGCCUGGUCAACAAAAAGACCCCUAUUUAUACUUCUGUUUUUUAAAGCGUAAUUUUCAAAAAAACUUUUCAUUAGUUUUCUCCUCAAUUUUUUUUCUUUUUGCACACACUUCUAGUUAUAACUCUUGGUCUACAAACUUGAUUCACAUCCGAAACAAUAUUUCCUUAUCAUGCAGUUUUUAUGCCGUCAAACCAUUAAAAUUGAAGUUUUUUUUUUCAACCAAUAUUCAUCUGCGACUUCAUUUGUGUGAAUGGCAUUUUGGUUUUGUUUUCCUCGGGAACUACGCUUUUCAUUCAACGGAUUCUCAUCCAUAUAUUGCAGGGUCGGAGCGUCUGCACGCCGUGGGCAACGUGGCGACGACGACGUCGAGAAGUCAUCUUCUGGAGAACAACGCGACGUCCGCCGACGAAGACGUUGCCAUGGUCGACUUCUACGAGGAGGUAAUUAGAAUUUUCACUAAGUUCGAAAAUGAUUUUUUUUUGAUUAAAAUGCGAACUCAAGCAUAGAUUUAUUAAUGGUUACUUUCCAGUUUCAUUUUGUAGAAUACAACUUCAAAACAAACAACACAAAAAAAAAGAAUUUCUGUUUUUCUAUUUUUACUUUCAUUUGCUUCCUUCGAGGUAAAAAUCUUUAUUUUUUGAUAUACUUUUUUUUUGCGAAUUCAUGUUUUUUUGGCCUAUGUGAAUCAAUGAAUGAGUCUUUCUCAAAACGGUUCGUUAUCACUUAUAUAAAAAAAUAUUUCAAAUCGUCAAAACCUCAAUAAACUAACCAUUCAAGGGUUAUGCGUGACCUAUAAGACUUUAUGUUGAGGUAGAGUUUGAAAGAGACUAGAAAUAAAUGAAGUAGAAGAAACAAUUAGAUCGGGAGUCUGGACGAGGUUUUCCAACCGCGGAAAUUGCCUGCACAUGAGACCUUUCAGCGGUCCUCUCGCAAUUAGUUAUUAUAUUUGCUCGUUUUCCGAUGCAACACCAAGUAGAUGAGAGUUUGCGCCGUCGUGAUUUUCAUCAACAGGAAAGCCCUCAUUUGCGGCAUUUGCGUCUGUUUUCCGCUCGAACGUCGUUCUUCUCUUUCUCCACAUCCUCCCUUUCACACAAAAAACCUUUCUAAUAGCUUUUGGUCUUUUUUUUUCGGUAUUCGCUAUUGCUUGUCUUUUUUUAUAUUCUAAACUUCUAAAGUUGCAAUGAUAAUUUAGCUCAGUCUUUGAAAUUAAAAAAAUUUGAUUUCAUGAGUUUAAAUAGUUCAACCUGAACUUUUCCUCCAUCUGUGGGCUGUGAAAGGAAUUUGUCUAUAGAGAAAAAGUGUUUUGAAGUCUUGGUUUGAGAGGUUUAAAAAAUAUCGAUUCAUCAGCUUUCGUUAUUUUUUUAAGACGAUAUAAAAAAAACCAGCCUUCCUUUCCGUAGACAUUGGUUAGAGUGUAGAGAGUUGGACGGAAGAAAGAAAUUGUAGUUUUUUUUUUCCCGUAUGAAAUAUUCCAUACAUAGGAUGAGUAGACCAGUCAGUCAAGCCCAUCCUGCUCAGUUUUUUCAUUGUCAUUACUAACCUUUUCAUUAACUUUUUUCUAGUUAGUAGGUUCAUAUUGUGAAAACUAUUAGGUUGACGAGAAACGGAUACAGUUUUUCAAGGGUUGACUUCAAACAGUCAAAACUCGCUCAAGGAAGCAUAUUUUUGACUAAUCUAUAAUUUAUGAAUAACUUUAAAUCUCUGACUGCGGGAAAAAGGCAUAUACUAGACGGACUUCCCUAAUAUUCCGAAAAAUCAUAUAUUCAGACAUCAAAUUGAAUUUAAAAGGCAUUUCUCACUGAUAAAAUUUUGAGGUUUUUUUAAAAAAAUGACAGAUUAAAUAGUUGAAAGUGCAAUUAGAUAAUCAACAAAAAAGAAACGAUCUGAAAUCCUUUCUUUUAUAAAUUUUCAGAAGGUUUUUCCUAAGGUUCUGCCCAAGCAGAAGCUAGAAUUUUUCCUUCUGGUUAUUUUCGAUUCAUUUCAUGUAUUUUAUGCUAGAUUUUCCGGCUCUCCUUUGUCAAAUGACAAGAUAGUGGCUUCUGUUUCAUUAUUAGACAAAAUUUAGUUGGCUAAAAUUAUGUGAACUCAAACGGCCAAAAAGUCGACAAAACCAACUAUUUUUGUGGAUUAUUUCGGGGAACUUUUUUGGAGCCCAUUGAAAGUAAAGUAACUGAUUUGACGCUGCUGCUUAUUGAAGAGCUUCUCCUUUUCAUUUCCGUUUUUGAGUUGCUGAAUAUUAUGUUGUACUCGUUGAGUAACUAGUGAAAAAAGCUCGCCUGUAGGCGUCAGAACUUAAAAAAUGUCUAUUUCAUGCGCUGAAUGUUCCUUUGGCAUUUUUUUUCUGAUAAAGCGUUUUCAAUAUAUAAGAGGAACUUUUUGCUUUUUACAAGCCUUGUAGAUGUUUAAUAAAAAGGUAUUCUCAGAAGUGCAAUCCCCAUAACUUUGAAUUAGUUAUCGACAGCGAGACACUGAUUUUUGAUUAGUUGGAGUACUGUUGCACACGUUUUGAGUAUUAAAAGCCGUCCCAAUAGCUUGGCCUUUUUUGCCUGAUCUUGAAAAAAAAAUGAGGCAAAAUCGCAAAUUUUUAUGCAAAUUUUGAACAGCAGAAAAAGUUCACUCAGUUUUUUUUUCUUAAAAAUUUGUUACGUACAUUUUGAAGAACGGACAUCAAGCUUAGAAAUGAUAUAUAAAAAUAAAGUAUGAGAAAAGAUCUUUCGUCCUAAACUUCUUGUCAAAGUUGAGCAUCGAAAAACGAAAUCCGUUUCUUGACAACCUAAUAGAAUGAAAGAGAUGGAGGAAGGCUUUUAUUUGAUGAUAUAUCUGAAUGUGGGAAAAUUCAAAAUAUUGCUUGAAAAUUCAUUCAAGUUCCUCUUUUUUGUUAUCAGAACGCGACAUGUAUGUUUAUCAGGAAAGUGCUGCUUUCAAGCCGGAGAAUAUACAGUUUGACCUCCUUGGAAAUUUGAAGCUUCGUCAACAGACAAAUUUACAGAAUCCGAGCGAAGCCCUCAUUGAGUCCAUCGUGCCGAGUUGUUUGAGCGUCGAGGAACAGCAGAAUUGCUACAUCCAGACUGACGAUAGUACUGGUCAGUCUCUUUUCUCUCUUGGGUACAAAUAUAACGAAAAUAUGCAAAAAAAAAACGCAAAAUAACACAAGUUAAUUUGAAAAUUAAUUGUUUUUCUCUUUCUGUGGGAAACAAUGAACAUGGAAGCAAGGUUCGAGGGAAAAUAUAUACGAGAAAAUAAAAGUAACUAGAUUUGGAAAAAAAAUAUGAGAAGAGAAAAACACAAUCAAUAAAACUGAAAGUAUGAGUUCCUGGGCGGUCAAGCAAAAUAAAUUUUUUUCUAUUAUUAUUUUUUUCACAAUUCACUUCAAAAAAACGUUCAGUGUGUGAUUAUUACUACUCAAUACUGCGUAACCAUUAUUUUUCUCCCGUUAACAGUUUAGAAGAUAGAAAAAAUUGUUCAGAAGGUAGAAAAAUACUUCGUCAUUAAGGAGCUAUUCAUCUUGAAUUGUGGCCAGAAAGAAAUAAUGUGCCAGGUAGUUUUUAUUUGUUCUGAGUGUCGAGAAAUAACAUGAUUUGCGUGGCUGAUUUCGUUUGCGAAUCUGCCAGCAAAGGUGAACCCGCCGAGUCCGGAGAACCGCUUUCGCUUCCUUCGUCUUCUUUGGCCCUUUUUUCAAUUAUGAACGUCGUUCCGACUUUUGAAGGGCAAAAGUCGUGCCAAUCUCUUUGCUCCGCUAAUAGACUACACUGAGCUGGACAAGAAAAAAGAUGCUAAAACCAGAAAUAUUGUAAGCGACGGGCCGCCGGUAAUUUGUCAAAGUGUCGGGUUGGCGGUGCAUCUGUCUGUCAAGGGCGUCGACUAAUGGGAAAACGGCGACGACGGCCGUACUGCUCCGGGGCUUCCGGCCCAGGAAAAGGCCUCGGAAGCCGCCAUUCUCACCCAAGUGUCGCCUACAUAAGUGCGCUUCCGAUCGCGUGCCCAGGUGUCGCGUUUCAGCACUCGCGCAUCCAUCCAAAUCUCGGCUCUUUGUGGUUCUUCUCUUUCAGUUGA